AUGUCGAUUAUGAAUCACAAGAAGUCUUAAUUAGAAAAAGGAACUUCAUAAGAGAUGGAAUACAAGUUCAAAAUAUCUUUAUUUAACACCAUGCAUAAUAUCAUAAAGAAUAAUUUAUGCAACACUCUCAUUUAUUGCGUGUUGUUAAGCAUUGAAAAUCUAUAGUUGAUGUACUAUCCAAUUCAUCCUGUUAUAGAUUUCUUAUGGGAUAAUAAAGGUCUAAAUUAUUUCAGAAUAGUUUUACGCUACUUUCAAUUUAAUUAUCUAAUUGAUUAAGGUGUAACCAUAUUUUUAAUACUGCUUUAUAUUUCUUUUGGAGUGAUUGUCAUAAUUGUUUUAAUAUUUUUUAUUAGCUAAUAUUCAUUAAGUUAACUUAAAUAUCAAGAACAACAAUCAGGUAUACUUAUUUUUAGUUUUAAAUUGUUAUCCUUAUUACUUAUUAUUUUGAAUACUGUUUUGGCAUUACCAUUUUAUAAUAUCUUUUUGGCUACAAUCUAUUGUAGAUCAGAUUCAGCAGCUGGAGCUGAUUUAGGAUGUUAUGAGGGAAUCCACAUUUUGCAUAUGAUUGUGGCCAUAAUCGGAAUAGUUUUUCUCAUUUUUUUUCAUUUUUCAACCACAUUAUUGUACUUUGAUUUGAAGUAAAGAUAUUAUUGAUAAAAGUCCAAAAUCAAAAUUUCCUUUCAAUGGAUAUUAAUCUGAUGCUGAAUAUGCUCGUAUGCUUUACAAAUUUGUUACUCCUUUUCUUAUAAUUUUUAAUGCUCCAGGAACGUAUAAUAGUGAAAUGGUUGUGUUAUUUGGAGUGGGAGAUUUAAUUCUCCUAUUUUCAAGAUACAAUUAUCCGAAAGGCUAUAAUAAUUUCAUGUAUUUACAAAUAUUUACAUAAAUAGACAUUUUUAUAAAAUAACUUUGGAAUUAAUAGUUUUAUGGAUUAACAUCUGUGUUAUAAUUACAGACUUUUUAGAUACUAGUUCUCCUGAUGAUAUGGGUUUAUUAUAUUUAUUUGUUUUAAUACCAUUUGUAGUAUUUGGAGGAUUGUAUGCAUUCAAAAAUAUUUUGAAAGAAUCAAUGACAUUUUAAAUAAAGAGCUUGAAAAAUGAAGAAGAAGCAGAUAAUUAUUUAAACACUUUAAUUUAAUUGAUAUUGGAUAGACAAUCUCCAAAUACUAAAAUAAAAUUGAUGGGUGUUUUAAAAUUGCAUUAUGUAGUAUGUACUAAAAUAGAUUGUUCAUGCAAAAAAUUGAUUUCAUAAGAUCACAAGAAGGAAGAAGGUACAAAAGAACAUUAGAUUUGGAUGAAGUUUUUUGGUUCAAUAUUGAAUGAUAUAAUAGCAGAUGAAAAGUUUAAGGAUAAUGCUAGAUUCAAGAUAAUUUAUUCUUAUUUAUGUAAUGAUGAAUUAAAAAACAAAUAUAAUGCUUUACAUUAUAUGAUGAAAGCCGAAGAUACUAAAAAUCAUACAUUAAGAGAUGAAUUCUGUUUAUUCCGAUUCAAAUAACAUAUAGAGAGUGAGAUGUAGGAAGACUCAGAGAAAGCUUAAGAUAUCGAUGUGAAUUCAAUAGUUUUCUUUUAAAAUCAAUUAGUGGUGUUGACUAAUAUGAUAUAGAAAAGUGCUGAAUCUCAUUUAGAAUUCUGGAGAGAAUUAUAAGAAGAUCAUCCAAAUAUAUUAAAAUUAUAAAAUAUUGGAUUAAAAGUAUUGCAUUAGAUUGAUCUAUGUGAUGAAGGGUAUUAAGAAUUAGUAGAAAUAAAUAAUAACAAUUUAAAUUUAUUAGAGUUUUAUAAUGCUUACUUAAAAAUGGUAGUUCAUGAUAAGGAAUAAUAAGAGUAAUUAUCUUAGUAGAUAAGUUAAAUUAAGAAAUCAAUAUAUUAAAGAAAACAAGGAGGAGGUUAAGAAUCUAAGAUAACUGAAUCAUAAGAGACAAUUAUAAUUACAAUGAGUGCCAAUGUGGGUAGUAUAGGAAUAGUUGCUAGUUGCAAUAAUGAGAUUUAAAAGUCUUUGGGUUAUCCUGCUUCUGAAUUAUUUGAAUAGAAUGUAAGUAAAAUUAUGCCCAAAAUUAUUGGGGAUUAACAUAAUUUGUUAGUUGAAAACUAUAUGAAAACAAGCAAUUCAAGUAUAAUUGGAUUAGAAAGAUUUGUGUUAGCUUAAAAUAUUCAAUAAUAUUUGGUACCUUGUAAAUUAAUGAUCAAAGUAUUACCAAACUUAGAAAAAGGAAUACUUUUGGUUGGUUUUUUAAAACCUUUAGAAAAAUUACCUGGGACACAUUAUAUGAUAUAUGAUGGAAUUUCAUAAUAAAUUUUGAAUGUUAGUGAAUCGAUGAAAGAUUUAGGAAUAAGAGUUGAAGAUAUUGCAACAACUAGUGCUUAAGAAUAACCAAUUUAUACGUUUGGAAAUUUAUUUAAGGAAUUAGGAGAUGUGUUAAAUAAUACUCUAAAUUAAAACGAUUAACCACUAAAGAAUUAAGUGUAUAAGUUAGAAGGUGAAGUAUAUUGUGCUGAAACUACAAUUGAUGUUCAAUUAUUUAAAUAGCUAUUAUAAUCAAACAUACACGAUUCAGAUAAUAAGAAAAUGGGAGGAUCAAUAAAGGAUUCAGCAGUUAUGAAUUAUAGUGGAGAUUUUAAAAAGGUUAAGGUAAAAUUGGAACUUAUAGAAGAAAGAAUGCCUUUGACUGAUGAUGGAUAGCCAGUAGGUGGAGGUAUAUAUCAUACAAUAGUGAUUAGAGAAGAUAUAGAUUAAGAUAAAGUGAAUUAUGGAAAAUCAUUAAUAAAAUAAAAGUUGGAUGAAAGUAAGCAUAAUAUAAUACAAUAAUAAUAAUCAAUUGAUGAAGAUGAAGAUAAAUAAAAGAAUUUUUAAUCAUCAAUUGAUGAUUAAGAAGAAAACAAAUAAACAAAAGAUAUUAGAAGUGCUUUAGAAUAAUCCAAGACUCCCAGGCAGAUCAUUUAUCUUAGAUAUUUGACUUUGAUAUUAUUCCUAUCUACUUUGGCUUUGUCUAUAAGUAAAUUGGUUUUAGCAUUACAAUAAUCGAUUUUGAUAGAUGAAGGUAUAAGUGCAAUACGUUAAGCACAUCGAAGACAUUCUUUGAUGGCAGAUAUUAAUUUAUAUAGUCGUUAUUUAUAUUUAACAUCUUUUGGAUAUUAUGAAUAAUCUUUAGAGGGUCCAUUUAAAGGUAAUAUAAGUGUUCUAGUUGAUAGAUUAUAAGUGAUAUAGUUUGAUAUGAUUGAAUUUAGAAUUAAAGUAGAAAGUAGAAGUGGUUUAUAGAUUGACGAUGAUCAAUAUGAGGUUGUAUUUCUACUUUCUAACAAUGAAACUAAAACCUAUGGUAAUAUUUUUAAUGAUGCUGUAUUUGCUUAUAUUACUUCCGCUUCUUCAUUUAAAAAAGCAACUCUCUCAUAAUUUAAUGAUACAUCCAAUUCAAGUAGUGUUUCUAAGAAUUUAUUUUAUGUUGUUGAAAAUGGAUUAGAUGUUCUUAGAAAUGGAUCUGAAAGAAUUGCUGAUAAAUUUUAUAAUUUUUACUAUGAUCAAGUUGAUAGUUAAACUCUUAAUGCUAUUAUAAUUCUAAUUGCUGCUUUAGUAAUUAUUGUUAUUUGUGAAAUUGUUUAUGUACCAAUUUUCAUGAGCAUUUUCAGUGAACGAAAAAGAUUAAUUAGUUAUUUUGGUAUGAUUACUAAUGAAGAUAUCAAAAACUUAAUUGAUUAAGGUGAUAAAUUUAUUUUAGAUCACAUCACAAAAUUUAAAAGUUCUGAUGAUAUCAUUUAAAUCGAUUAGCCACAAUAAUAAAAUAUUGUGGGAAGUUCUUUAAAUCAAGAUCACAGUCAAGAUGUUGUGGACAGCCCAAAAUAAAAAGUUGAAAUAGAGCAGAGAAAAUCACUUUUUGAUUAAACUAAAGAAAAACACUAGAGAAUCUAUGAUAGUAAAGGAGGUACCCAUUAUUUCUUAAUAUUUUCAUUUAUAUUGAUAGGUUCACUUUUAAUGAUUGAAUAUAUAGUGUUGUAUGUUUUAGAAGAUGAAUCAAUAAGUGAUGCUAAAUUAAUUAUGGAUCACUAUUUAUUUAUCUCUCGUCGAGCUAGCAUUAUAAAAUACAAUAUCCUUUUCACAUUAGAAGCUUUAGUUAAUGAUGGAAAACCUAGAUUCUAUAUGGAAAAUGAUCUAUCCAAAUAUUACAAUGAACAGGUAUAUUAAAACGAAUAAGAUUUAUUCUAAACUUUAACAUAUUAAUAUCCUACUUCAUUUGAUAACUAUUUUGCCUUCUUUAAUGAUGUCAAUUUCUUAAAUAUUUGUGAACAUAUCACAUGGAUCAAUACAUUAGAUCUUAUUACUUAGUCAUUUAUCUUUGUUGGUUCUACUAUAGAUAAUUUUACUAAUUAUACAUUCACAUCAUCAGAAUUAGAUAAAGAAUGUAAUUCAGUAAAAGGAGGACUAUUAACUAAAGGAUUAAGAGAUGCAAUUUUCCUUGUUUCUUUGGGAAAUAAUGAAUUAUUGGCUACAUACUCGAAUCUGAAAGAUAGUUUAAGUGCAUUCUAAAUACAAGAACUAUUACGAAAAUAUAUUCUACCUACUUUUUGGGAAAAUAAUAAUAUUUUCUAAGAAUGCUUUUAUAAGUAAGGAUAUUUCAUUUAUUAUUAUUACUAGCUUCUUAAAUAUUCGUAAUGAAGUAUAGAUUUACAAUUUUGUUGGAUUUGUAGGAUUUUUGAUCUUAGUCUUUUUAUUUUUGUGGAUCUCUUAUAUUGCCAAAGUCUAAGCAGGAAUUUAAUAAUCAAUGAGAAUGCUUACUCUUAUUCCCGAUGAUUUAAUCGAUAAGUAUACUAAACUUAAAGAAGCAAUAGAAUUUCAUGUCUUAGGAAUAAAAUAGUAAUAAUAAUGA